AUGGCUCUUCCAGAAAUGGCGGCUGAUAGUGAUGGUGAUUUAAUUGAGACGGUGAUAACUUGUGAAGGUGAUAUUGGAGAUCCUGAAUUUCCAGACAAGUUCCAAGUUAUUGUAGAUCAUCUAAAGUCCCUUGUCUGCAAAGGCGAGGGGCAAAAAUUAAAAGUAAAAAAAGUAGAACCAUGGAAUUCGGUAAGGGUAACGUUCUCAAUUCCCAAAGAAGCUGCUCUGAGGUUGCGCGAACUCGCAGCCCAGGGUUCUGCUACCCUUGCGCAACUUGGUAUUCUCUCGGUACAAGUAGAAGGAGAUCAGGUAAUCUCGUUGAGGAUAGCUGGACGAUAUGGUGGCGAGUCACAAGAAAUCGUUUUACACUCGGGUCCAACCCAAGAAGGCGUUAGUAAAUCCCAAAGUGAUCUUGCAAGUAGUGCAUCCACUGUGGACAGUAAUGCUACUCCUGUGCCUGGGCCUACUGGUCCAUCCUCGGAAAAAUCGCCGCAAUUUCGUUCGCCGAAUGUUAUUGCUCCAACGGAUUGUGAUCAAAUUCCGCCCUUCCUUGCGAAAGCUGUCCAACAACCUAGUGCAUCGACGGCCGGUGUUUCUGGCAGUGUUGGAGCCCCAAGCUCUACUGCGAUGCAACAAGUUGCUAGCGCGAGCGGCACAUCAUCAAGAACGAGUUACAACGGACCCUUUCCGUUUGCCAGUAUGACCCACGCGGCUCAAGCGAUACACAGUCGCGAGGCUUCUGGUGGAGUGAAAGGUUCGACAGCAACUGUACAGGCGUUCAAGCAUCACAACCAGCCACCGCCACCAUAUCCAGCUGUAGGCGGUGUGCAGCAGGAUGGCUUGGCAACAACGGUUAACCCAUCGCCUCAAACAGCAGGCAUGCAUGUACAGCAACAAACAGUUGUCGGGCCCAGUCAGUACAAAUCUCUGGGUGCCGUGGUCUCUAGUCCAUCGCCGAACAGUUUGGCUGCGACUAACCCCGCAAUAGGCACUGUCGGCAACCAAGUUGCGCUCUCAAGUCCGCUUCUGGUAAACUUAUUACAGAACGACGGCACGAGCACUAGCUCAUCUGGCGUUGUCCACGCCGCCGCUAGCCAUCAACAAAAGAUGUUGCCACCUGCUGUGAUAGAUGGUUCAAACGCUGCAAUGACAAAUCGCAUAAGGCCACAGAAAAAACCAACGGUUAGGAGAAAAGAUCCUCUCACGUCAGUUUCACCGAAUGCUUCGCCACCAAAUAGUCUCGACUCGUUGAGGACAGAAGACCUCAUUGUGUCGACAGCGGUGAUCGCUGAUAUUGGUGGUCAUGGGCCUUCGGCCUUUGCUCAGGUUAACGCCGCCUCGGUGGCUUCUACAGUGCCUCAACACCAGCUGCAGCAACAAUUGCUGCAAAAUCAGCAGUUGAUGCAGUCACAUACGGUAAUGCCGGCUGCAAUGCACACACAAGUACAAAUACAGCAAAAGUUCCCAGUGAGGCAGGAGCUGGCUUACAAGCCAGCAGCCGUCACUCAACAACAAGUUCAGAUUCAAGGCCAGUUGACCAGGUUUCCCGUUAAUGGCCAACAGGCAAGAACACACAUGCAGCAAAGGCAGCAGUUGCUUUUGCAGCAACAGCAACAACAGUCACAAAUUAGUCAGCAAGGCUUGUCUGGUCAGUCACUGUUAAUACCUCAGCAACAACUAAGUUCGCCUCAGGUUAUGCAAACGAAUCCAAUAAGCACUGGACAGCUUUUACAACAGCAACAACAGCAAAUACUUCAAACUGGGCAAAUGGGAGUUAAUCAACAGCGAUUAGCAUUUAUUGGAGCUCAGCAAGGCCGGCCAGUGCAAGCUAUCGGUAAUCAAUCAUCGAACCAACAAACACCGCCGCCCUACCCACGUCAGCAACAAUCACAACCACAAGUUCAGCAAACAACGCAAGCUACGACUCAGCAAGUACUUUUGGGUCAACCUCAACAGCAGCAUCAGCAGCAACAGCAUCAGCAGCAGCAACAACAACUGAACCAGGCUGUGAACGUGCAGCAACAAUUGCACCAUAAUCAAUUGAAAAAUAUAAAUGUGAACACAGGAGCAUCUACCGAUUUCCGCUAUGGUCAAAGUCAAAACAUACUUAGCAGAAACUAUUCGGGAACAACAACUGUGACAAGUAGGUCACACGCCGCGGUUGCCGUGUCAAAUAUUAACACGGAAGCGAACGGGACUGUGGUUAGCACUACCGCCGUAUGGAGCGCUCCGCAGAACGUUUCCAUUCCGCAGGCUGCACCGAUCAACAGUGCAGUGGCGGUGCAACGUAGUACGCCAGUCACUGCUACUGUGGCGACCACGACGCCCAUCAGUCAGCCAGUUUCCGAUGUCUUCGUUCAGAAUAAUGCUGAUCUGCCCGUGACUAAAUCGACAAGUCACGAAAACUUAUCAGCUUCGAUGAAAGCAGCAACGUCAGCUCCGACUAAAGCCGCUUCGUCCACAGCCACGGAGACGAGAAAUGAGUCUUCAAAAGUCGGGGAUUCGGAAUCCACCGGCGAACCCGAAUACACGUCCUCAGGUAAACCACGGCAGUAUCUCAUUAACCCGCUCACAGGCCUGCUCGAGCCUAUGCCCAGUGACACUUCAGAUUCGGAACCUGAGAGUGCACUUGAGACGCAAGACAACUUUUUCUCGUUUCCCUCUCCGUUGAACGAUCGCUCGAAUUCGAUAUUCUCUGAUGACGAUGCGGACAGUAACUUUUCAAGAAGAAAUGACACAACGAACACUGAUCAGUCAGACUCGGAAAAUACAGCCAAGUCCACAGCAAGCGAGGGCAGUCUUAAACACAAUAGACUCAAGUCCAGUAGGGACACAAACAGUCCCAUGCCAACGGAAAAGAUUAAACUUAGGCUUAAGCUGGAAAAGUCAGAGCCUGUCACUCCAGCAUACAAGGUGGAGCAUGUCUCUAUUGUGAACACACAGCCGGCGCGUAAAGCUGAAAAAACAAGUAUGAAUAAGUUUGGUGGUAACGUUGGACCCAGUGGUGGUUCGACACCUACGAGCGAAGAGCCGAGAGUGCCUCCAUUGCACAUAUCGCUGCGUGGUCGUAACGCUUCGGUAGUGCAAAUUGGUAAAAAAGAGAAAAAAUUGCUUAAAGAUUCUGAGUCGGGAGAUUUGACUGGUAUCAAAAAACGCGGAAAACUGAAAAAAAUGAAAGAUUCGAUCGACGGCAAUAAGCUCUUGCAAAAGAAGUCGUUUAAUAUGUUUAUGGGUGCAGCGUCUGCCUCGAAAUUGCCUUUGUCAAACUCCACUGUGUUGAAUAGUGCUAAUUCCCUUGUAAAAAUGAACAAUACGCUGCAAAACGUCAUGACCAAAUCUAAUGCCUUAAAACAAGACAGUAACAGCAAUAGCAGUAGUAGUAGUAGUAGCAGCAGCAGCAGCAGUGGUGGUGGCAAUGGUUCGCCUAUGGAAAUGGCGACGGCGCCGCGCUUACAGCAGCAGCACCAGCAUCAAACGACUGCUACGACAACAAAACAAUCGUUGAGCAAAGUCGUCGUUGCCGGCAGCGACGUUGAUGAUUUGCCGUUAAACAGUAGGAUACCCUCUCCACUCAAACACAAGACCUCGUCCAUUUUAAACCAGCAACAAUCGGCGAUGCAGCAGGUUUCUGGCGAGACUGAACUGUCCAACCAUACGAGUGAACAUAAAAUUGGUGGAGGUAAAACAAAAAGAAGAGAUUCGAAAAAGAAGUCGGAGUCGAGCGAGAGUCUGCAUCGUGAGCAGAAUCUGAUGACGGGUGGUCGUAUACUUGAUAAUCAGGCCAAGUGGCGCAAACUGGGCUACAAAGGUGGCGACGCCGUCACGGCAGUACAGACUACAAAGAAAACAGUCGAAAAUUUAACGACGCCGGUAACUACGACAAUGUCGAGUAAUGAUUUCAAGAGGACAGGUGAAAUCAGACGGAUCUGUGAUAACGACACAAGUGCUGGUCGAUCUGCAGUAGAUAAGACCAUCUGUCUUUUGAGCACCAAGCUGCCCGAACCAAAUGGCAUCAGAAAAGACCUAGUUAAUCAAGAGAAGAGAACUAGGCUCAGCUUGGAUGAGAAAUAUCUGCACCUGUCAGAAUCUCAAAGUGUUGAGACAUCGCAAUCAUCGAACCAGAAAACGACUCUAGAUUCUGUGUCGCAACAACAGCAGUUACAGCACCAAAAGACCGUAACGUUAUCCAGCAUACAGUUGACUGGAAGCAAAACCACUAUCUCCAAUUCGUCGCUUGAUAACGAUAUUGGCAGAAGCAGUUCAGUGUCACCAAAGAUUUCAAACUUACUGACUCAAGCUAAUAAUUCGAGCUUGGAUAGUAAAAUUUUGUCUUCAACAACAAAGACUGCUGUCUCGAGCCUCGUGGAAACCGGUCUGUCCACUAAAACUAAUCUGGUGAACGAAACUACGAGAACAGUAUCCACUCCGACAGCGUUGGUAAAUAAGCCUUUAUCGAAAACAGAACUCGAGGUUAAAUUGGGUCAGAGCAUGAAGUUGAAAAAUCAUGCCUUAUCUGGAGCAGCGGCUAAAAAUGAACUCAACAGGUUAUCAAGCGCAGCUGCAUUGCAGGCCAAAAAACUCGUUCCUAAUCACCAUCCGCUCGUCAUUAGCAAACAAAGUAGUAUUGUACCGAUCAGUAAAGUUGAGACGACGGUACAGCACGCGACUUUGCUCAAGAGCAAUCCUAUCGAAAAACUGACGGACGAGCAGGCGAUCAAAUCACAACAACAGAUAGAUCAGCUGCCGACGACGAUAGAACAGCUGGUCAGUAACAAACCGGUUUUGCCGAUAGGCGACAUUAACGUCUCUGAGGCUAAAGUCAAGCAAAAGCUUCUCGAAAAUCCAACCGUCCUGACGACUCCGAUUGGUCUGAGUGGUGGUAUACUUGACGCGAAUGCCAACAACGCUGGUGCCAACAACAGUGCAAGCAAUGCUGCUGGAGAGGACAGUGGUAUAGAGUCCAUGGAUGCACUAUCAGAAAAGUCACCUAAUCAGGGUGAGUCUCCGCUACACAGGCCCGCUGCUGCCCAGGACUCUGUCACGACAUCGUCUAUCAAGAGUAGUGCUCAAGCUCACAUAGAGACACCCCCGCCUCCGCAACAGCUGACAAUUGACAACAAGAACCACGUGCCUUCCCCAACAGUUAGUAGCAGUAGUAUUGAUAUGUGUUCAAUUUCGCGGAGUAGUGUUUCUGAGAAGCAGCAACAGCUUGAUUCGGUUCAGAGCAGCUUUGAGAGUCAUCUGAACGCCGAAGUGUUGGAAAAAGAGCUUGCCGCGAUUUCGUCUUCUAUUGCGCCUGAUACGACGGUAAAUAGGCUGGAAGAAAGAAAGGAGCAGCCAGAAAAAGAAAACAGUCUUGUAGAUACUGCGCCAAUGACAUUGACGGCUAAAGUGAAAGACGACGAGACGAGUAAGUGCGCGAUGGACUCCAAAGAAUCACCGUCCUCGUCUAGUGUUGUGGACGUUUGCGUUAAGAACGAGUCACCAAAAACUAAGCCCAAAAACGCGAGUGAUAAUUCGUGCGUGAAUCAGACUAGUGCUAGUGUUGGUGCCGUCAAGUCCGAGACGACAGGACCGUCGAUGACGACGACGACGACGACGACGACGACAAAAAACGUUGUUCAUGUUGAGAGUAGUGCCGACGUCGCUCCGGUUGUAGUGGACGAGAAUAAGUCUCUAGCUGUCGAUGAUAGUUUAAGUAGGUUAAGCGCCGAGGAGAGUUCGCAACAACCACCUCAAGCGCAAAGUAAAAAUAAUUCUAGUGGUAAUAAUAACAAUAAUAUUAAUAAUAACGGUGUGCCUAUAAUGCAAAAUCACGUGGGGUAUGGUGAAGUGAAAGUGGAAAAAAUUGAAACAAGUGCCGAUCUCGAUGUGACUUCUGGCUUGAUUUUGACUCCAAAGCUUGAAGUUAGAUCAGCGCUUGAACUGAAACUUGUGCCCAAAAUUGAACCCAAAAUUGAACCCAAAAUUGAACCCAAAAUUGAACCCAAAAUUGAACCCAAAAUUGAACCCAAAAUUGAACCCAAAAUUGAAUCAAAAAUUAAAGUGAAAGAGGAAGAACCCGUAUUUGAUGAUACGAGGCAACAACAGCAGACCAAACAGGAAGUAAAGGGAGUGACAAGCGCGUUACCCAAGUCCGAGUUAGUAGCUGUAGAUCAAAGCCAAAAAUCAAAUGUACAAAGCCAACAGCAAUCGAGCAGCCGGGACUUGGUGAAUCCACAAAAGGUCAAGGACGAUCUCGCAAAAAGAGUAGCAAUGCCAAGUGACACCAGCAGCAGUAGUAGUAAUAAUAGUGUCAGCAGUAACAUAACAAUCUGCGAUCUGAACGUCCAGUCACCGCUGGGUGACGAUCCUCAACCGAUCCGCAUCACGCCGCCUCUGUACACGUACUCAAAUCCUGUGGUGCUUCAGCGCGACGAUACACCGAGCCCGGCUGGACCUCAAACUCCUACGGAGGCCGAGUCCGCUGAAUCAGCAAUGAUCGUCGCGGCUGAGCAUCUGCGGCGCAAGCGACGCCGUAAGCAGGAGCUCGAAUUCCAACAGGACUUGAUCUGUAUCGAUGACGAUGUCACCGAGACGCUAACUGCGGCUCCACAAUUCAACAGCGAAAGUUAUGGAGCCAAGCAGCAGGUUACCACCGCUGACAAGUCACUGCUGGAACAACUGUUAACGGAACAACAUACACCCAAUAGUGACUCAUCUCUGUCCGGAGGUGUGGAAAAGCGGCGCACCAGGUCGCAAAAGUCGGGCCUGAAUAGUCCGGAUGUCAAAGCAGCCAAGUGUACAGGCCCUCAGGAAAGGCGAAGCAUCUCACCAUACUCGAAGGCUGGACCAACAAAGCUGAGCGUCACGGGCAGUGCCACCAACACGAAGCUGUCAGCUGGGACGACGACCAAUGUGACGCUCGCAAGCACUGGAGUCCAUCCACCACUCAGAACUACUGGCAAGCGCAAAAGACAGGAGAGCGAGAGCAGCGUUGCAUCGAAUAACGAGGAACAGCAACAGCCAAGGCCAGGUAAACGGAAAUGCUCGGAGAAUGCUGCUGGACUUAUUAAGGCUUGCAUGGGCGUAGAUGAGAGCUCUGGUGGUCCUGUUAAAAGACAACUCGUCACUGGCAAGGAUGAUUCGUCCAAGAAAAGCAUCAACAUGUUGUCCAAGAGCAAAAAAGCUCCAGGACCCUUGCUCGUAGACAUAGAAUCGUCAGAUGAUGAACUCGUGGCAGAUAUUUCCAGUAAAGCAAAAAUCCGAGUAAUAGAAGAUAUUAUCACUGGAUUGCCAAAACCCAAAGACCAAAAGAGCAGCUCUGGCGCAACAGCGUCGAUCGGUCAGCUGCACUCGGGCCUCUCGAACUACAACUCGGGCAACAGCCGAGCGCAGCGCGAAAGCCGUCAGCUUACGACCAAACAGCCGGGUAGCCACAACAGCAGCAGCAGUGGCGGCGGGGGCGGGGGUAGUGGCGGCAGCGGGCCGACGUUCGUAAAGGAGAGGCUACGUGGUAUCUCGGUCUCAAGCAACGAGUCCCUAGGCGAGGUGAUGGUGACGACGGUCACGUCGACGAGGCGCUCGGUACGUCAAAAUACUGCCUCCCCGCUUGCAACUCCCGCUGGUAAUACGAGAGGUGCCUCUCGCUCCCUCGAAGACGUCAAUCGGAGGAAGACCAGGAGCGGAGCUGCUGUGAACGCUGCCGAGCAGGCAGAGCAAGCCAAGAGGCGGCGAAUAUCGCGUGAAAACAAAUGACCUUCGGAAAGUGACCUUGACAGCGAUUAGCUAGGGUCGCUCGUCAAGGCCAAGCUUUUCGGUUUGGUUGACUCGCCCACAAUCAAUGACUACGCCCUCACCCUGUGGCUGGACCCCACCUGGUGAUCACCUCAACCCUUACGUCGUCUUCGUCAUCGUCACCGUCUUCAUGUAGAGUAACAGAGAACCUCGAUUGUCGAGGCUACAUUUUAAUGAAAAACAGAUGUUGCAAAGCUGCUUUAUGGACCUUUUUUCCCCAUGAAUAUGUUGAUCGAACCAUGCCCCGCCGUUCCAGUGAUUUUGUUACAUAAUUUCCCUUAGUUUAUUUAUUAAAUAAGACGCGAUGUUAAAUUAUACUAUAUGCGCUAAGAUCGUACGUUUCAAAUUUCUACAAAAAAUCUUAACUGGUCAGUUCUACAUGAUUUUAUCACCAUGUAAUGGUAAUAAUCUUUCAUUUAUUUUUAAAUUUUGAAUAAGAAUUUAAUUUUGAAGCUUCUUUUACUUAUCACAACUCACUUUUUAUAAAAACUCAUAGUAGCUUAUGGAUUAUAAUAUCAAACCAAAGUGGUUCUGUCAUAAAGUUCGUUGUUGUAAACUGUCCAAAGAUGAAUUCAAUUUUUCUAAUGAAACAAAACUAAUCCAACAAAAUCAAAACUUUCGUCUGGUAUGAAAAAUGAACAAAUUUUUUUUUUUAACAGUUUUCAAUGAUAUUUUUAUGGUGGUAAAAGAAGAUCGAAUCCAAUAUAAUUUGACUGCUAAAUUUGUAACUGCCCUAUGACUAGUGUAGAUUUAAUUUUGUAAAUUAUUCAUGACAAAAUUAAGCAAAAAAAAAACGUUUUUAACAAAGGUAAAAAUAAGAUCGACUAUAUUAGGGUCGACGGAUAGACUUUGUAUAGCUACCAAUGUUAUUUAUUUUACAUUAUUUUCCCUAAUGGUUUCAAUCAAUUCAAGAUUAUCAAAUUUCAAACUAUUUUCGUAGUUAUGACAAACAUUAAAAUAUUUCCACGCGAAAAGCAUCGUACAUUGUAUACAU